UGAGGGUCCUCCGUCCAGCAGGGGGCCCCACAGCCCCGCUCCGGGACCCGGGUUAAGGGUCACUCCCAGGACCAGGGUAGACCAGUCGUAAGCAUGGCGCAGGGGAAGCAGAAGUUUAAACCUCAGCCGGGGGGAGCAAAGAAGCCCAACAGCAAGCCGAAGGGGAUGAGGAAGGGAGCGAGGACCAUUGCCCCUAAGAAGGCCAAGGUCGUGGCGCAACACAAGCUGAAAAACAUCCUGGAGGUGGCCAUCAGGAAUAAGAUCGAGCAGGACGUGACCCAGAACGCCAGCACCAAGCUCCACAAACGGCUGAGCGUCCUCAAAAUGCCCCCCACUAAAGGCCCCAAGCUGCCCGCUGGAAACUCCAAGGUCUGAGGACCCCAUCCCC